AUGGGCGCCGGUAAAGGCGCAGCAGAUCAGCGAGCAGGAAGUGAGCCGCAUUAUUUCCGUAUUGGCGGCAGACAGUAUGCAGGGCCGGGCCACUUAUUCUCCCGGUAUCGAAAUGGC